UUUUCUUGAUUAAAUACCCAUUUCGAUACGAUUCUUUUGUACUAUACGUAGUAGCAAAUUAAUGGCUCGAAAAACAAAAUACUAGCUGCAAUCUUUCUGGUCUCCAACGGGAAAAAGAAAGUGGGAAGGAAAGAAAAUAAAAGUGAAAAACUUUCCUUUUACCCAACGAAACAAAAGUGAGUGGAGGGCUGAUAAAUUUUUCUUCCUUCGAAUGCCCUUCGUUCGAUCUCUCAAGUCUCCCCCCUCCAACUUUUUUUGAUUUGGGUUUUGCAAAGCCAUACCAGAAGAUUUAGUGGGUUGGUUUGAUUUGGGUUUGGUUUCAAUUUGACUUCGUUGCUUUUUCUAGUGAUUGUAUUUUAAGGAAAAGGUGUGUGUGUCUCUCUCUCUCUCUCUCUCUCUCUCUCUCUCUCUCUCUCUCUCUGUGUGUGUGGGUAAUUUAGGUUUUGUGGUGCUGUUUUCUUAUCUUGAGAUUUGGUGGACUUGAUGGUGGUUCUGGUUGUAUUUUUGGUGUAAAUCCCACGUAAUCUUUUGUGGGUCUUUGGCCUCUUCUGAUUUUUAUUGUCGUUUAUUGUUUAAAAAACAAAGUCUCAUCUUUCUUUAAAUUUGGGGACAGCUGGUGCAUACUUAGUUUUAGUUCCAUCCUUUCUGUAUAAUAGAAAGAGCAUGUGUCUUAGAAGAUUGUAAUUUAUUGACAUUAGGGAACCCCUAAUCUUCCUUUCUUUUUUCAAUUUUACGUUUGGGCAAAUUUGGUUGUAUCCUUGCAGAAUCGUCCCGUUUGGGGAUUGUGAUUGUUUGUUUAUUUGUAUCCGAUUGCACGAUUAGUUGUAGAUUUUGAGCUGAGGGGUAGUGUUUUCCAACAAAAAGGAGCUGGUUUCCUUGUCAAAAUCUUUGAUUUUUGAGUCUUGGAGUGAAACCCAUCAGUCUAUUGUGGAGAUCUGGGAUUUGUUUCAUCUCUUAUGCCCCAUGAGGACCUUUUUGCCCUCAGAGUCUUGUAAAGAAGCACAGCUCAAUGCUUUAAAUCCACAGUCAUGGCUCCAAGUUGAAAGAGGGAAGCUUUUCAAAUUCUCAUCUCAGUCUCCUUCCUCCAUAGAAUCUUUUAUCAAGGUACCUGAACCACCAGUUCUUCCAUUCUUUAAACCUGUUGAUUAUGUAGAAGUUUUAGCCCAAAUUCAUGAGGAACUUGAGUCAUGCUCCCCACAAGCAAGAUCAAGUCUCUAUCUAUUGCAGUAUCAUGUCUUUAAGGGUCUUGGGGAAGCCAAGCUGAUGCGAAGAAGCCUUCAAUCAGCUUGGAUGAAGUCAAGCACAACCUAUGAGAAACUUAUCUUUGGAGCAUGGUUGAAGUAUGAAAAGCAAGGUGAAGAACUCAUCUCUGACCUGCUUUUGUCUUGUGGUAAAUGUGCUAAAGAAUUCGGGCCAAUAGAUAUUGCCUCUGAGUUCCCUUCUAAUCUACAUGUGAGCUCCAUUGGAGUUGCUGGGACAAACGUGAAUCAGAUUUUGAGAAUCGUCACUUUUUGGAUUGGAGAUGAGAAAAUAGAAUGCGAUAGGCAGAAGAUCGCGGGCUUAUCAGAGCCAUUUAAUUCCAUGCUUUACGGGUGUUUCACAGAGUCUCUUCGCAAGGACAUAGACUUGUCUAGGAACAACAUUUCCCCAUCGGGUAUGAAGGUCGUCCGUGAGUUCAGCUCAACAGGUAGUUUAAAUGAAGUUCCCCCAAAGCUUUUAUUAGAAGUCUUAGUUUUUGCCAAUAAAUUUUGCUGUGAAAGGCUCAAGGAUGCGUGUGACCGGAAACUUGCUUCUUUGGUUUCCUCCAGACAAGAUGCACUAGAACUACUGGAAUACUCUCUUGAAGAGAAUGCCCCAGUUCUUGCUGCAUCAUGUUUGCAAGUGUUUCUGCACGAUCUUCCUGAUUGUCUAAACGAUGAUCAGGUGGUUCAACUACUAUGCAAUGCUAAUAUGCAACAUAGAUCAAUCAUGGUUGGCCAGUCAUCAUUUUCACUCUACUGUUUGUUAAGUGAAGUAUCCAUGAACUUGGAUCCUCGGUCGGAUAAAACAGCUCUAUUCUUGGAAAGACUGUUAGAAUGUGCUGAAACUAAUCGGCAGAGAAUGGUGGUGUAUCAGCAGUUGGGAUGUGUGAGACUCAUGAGGAAAGAAUAUGAUGAAGCUGAAAAGCUCUUUGAGGCUGCUUUAAAUGCGGGUCAUGUUUAUUCAGUCGUUGGUUUGGCAAGACUUGGUCACAUCAGGGGCCAUAAACUUUGGUCUUAUGAGAAACUCAGCUCUGCCAUUUCCUCUGUGAACCCACUUGGGUGGAUGUAUCAAGAGAGGUCACUGUACUGUGAAGGAGAAAAGAGGCGGGGAGACCUUGAGAAAGCAACUGAAUUGGACCCCACACUUACUUAUCCUUACAUGUAUCGGGCUGCAUCCUUCAUGAAGAUGCAAAAUAUCCAAGAUGCCCUUGCUGAAGUCAAUAGGGUUCUCGGGUUCAAACUAGCAUUAGAAUGCUUGGAACUCCGAUUUUGUUUCUAUCUAGCUCUUGAGGAUUAUGAAGCAGCCCUUUCUGAUGUUCAGGCCAUCCUUACGCUUUCGCCAGAGUACAGGCUGUUCGAGGGUAAGGUUGCAGCUUUUCAACUUCGCACUCUAGUUCGUGAGCAUGUGGAGAAUUGGACAACAGCAGAUUGUUGGCUACAACUCUAUGAUAGGUGGUCUUCAGUUGAUGAUAUUGGAUCCCUGUCUGUAAUUUACCAGAUGCUUGAAUCCGAUGCGGCGAAGGGAGUUCUAUAUUUCAGACAGUCUUUGCUUCUCCUUAGAUUAAAUUGUCCAGAAGCAGCCAUGCGAAGUCUACAGUUGGCUCGCCAACAUGCAUCAAGUGAACAUGAGCGUUUGGUUUAUGAGGGAUGGAUCUUAUAUGAUACAGGUCAUUGUGAGGAAGGCCUACAGAAAGCAGAGGAUUCUAUUAGUCUUAAGAGAUCUUUUGAAGCAUACUUCCUGAAAGCCUAUGCAUUGGCGGACUCCAGCCAAGAUCCAUCUUGUUCUUCUACUGUUGUGUCACUUCUCGAAGAUGCCUUGAAGUGCCCCUCGGAUCGUCUUCGGAAGGGUCAGGCUCUCAACAAUCUUGGAAGUGUUUACGUAGAUUGUGGGAAACUAGACUUAGCAGCAGAUUGCUACAUCAAUGCCCUUAAAAUCCGUCACACACGAGCUCAUCAGGGUCUUGCCCGGGUCCAUUUCCUCAGAAACGAAAAGUGUGCUGCAUACGAGGAAAUGACUAAACUAAUUGGGACGGCUCGGAACAAUGCGUCCGCCUAUGAGAAGAGGUCAGAGUACUGUGAACGUGAACUCACGAAGGCAGAUCUAGAGAUGGUCACUCGAUUGGAUCCCCUCCGUGUCUAUCCCUACAGAUAUCGAGCUGCAGUGUUGAUGGACAACCACAAGCAGAAGGAAGCCAUAGCAGAACUGUCGAGGGCGAUUGCGUUCAAAGCGGACCUUCACCUUCUACACUUGCGGGCUGCGUUUCACGAGCACACGGGUGACGUUCUGGGUGCGUUGCGAGACUGUCGAGCUGCUCUCUCAGUUGAUCCAAACCAUCAGGAGAUGCUGGAACUCCAAAGCCGCGUAAACAGUCAUGAACCAUGAACAGCCCCCCGCCAAAGAAAAAGGAAAAGAAGGGAAAAUUCGAAGACGGGAUAGUGUAUUUAUAUGUUGUAUCACUUGUGUAUACUAGUGAAGCAUGUCCAUGUAACAUCCAUGUUUAUCUCCUUUUUACUUUUCACAAAUUUUGUAAUAUGUUUGAAAACAAUUUUGUUUAUGCAAUUUAGUUAAAUCUCGCAUUA